AUGGAGAAGUACAGCCAGUAUCGUGAUAGAGCAACCGGCAUCUCGCCCUUCCUCCCCGUCUCGUCCCCCAGCUCCGCCAUCUCGACCCUCACCCACAGCCUCCUCUUCCUCCUCCGCCUGCCCUUCUUCCUCACCUACGCCUUCACCUACUUCCUCAUCUUCCACCCGCUGCCGAUCCUCCCCGUCUUCGUCCGCAAGAUUGCGCUAUGGGGCCUCAUGGCCAUUCCCGGAAUAUGGUGGAUCGAUCUCCAGCUCGACGGCGUCAAGCGCGGCACCUUGUCCGAGCAGCCGCGCGAGAGGGUGCCGCACCCGGGCUCCGUCAUCGCUGCGAACUUUACGAGUCCGAUUGAUGCCAUCUAUCUGGCCGCCAUCUUUGACCCGGUCUUUACAGUUUCGUACCCGCGAGAACGCAAGGUCAGGAGGAUUGGGUUGCUGUCGGCUGUGAUGAUGGCGCUUGCGCCGGUGGCUACGGGACCUCCAGCGGGAGCCAAACUGGUCGAUUUGAAGGAUCUGGUCAGGGAGUUUCCAAACCGCGUCAUCGCCGUGUUCCCCGAAGGCGGCACCACCAACGGCAAAGCUAUCCUACCAUUCAGCCCUAGCAUUCUCCAAACUCCGGCCGACGUCCACAUCUUCCCAGUCAGUAUCCGCUAUACGCCUUCCGAUAUCACCACCCCUGUGCCGGGACAGUGGCUGCGCUUUCUAUGGACUUUGCUUUCUCGCCCCACGACUUGCAUCCGCGUGCGCAUCGCCGAGGGUCAGACGAACAAGGCUGCUGCAAAGAUCAACGACGACAGCCCUAGCAGUGGAUCUGGAGACUUGACCUAUAGAGGUGCAACGAGCACUGGACUUAACGGAGAAGAGCAGAAAUUACUGGACUGGAUUGGAGAGGCUCUGGCAAGGUUGAGCAGAGUCAAAAGGGUAGGCUUGACGCUGGAAGACAAGGCUGCGUUUGUCAAGGCAUGGAGCGGGAAAAGGGCAUAA